CAUGUCCUCUGUCGUCUUCUAGCAGUCGCUUUUGAUUUUCUCUUCUGGCGAGAGAUCGAGCAAUCGAUCGCUGAUGUCCGCCUAUGGCCGAUCAAGGCGCUUGCUUCUUGUAGCGGUGGCAGCAGCGGCGCUGCUCCGAUUCUUCUCCCCAGCGCGAUUGCUCGUUCUCGGCCAAUCUUCUUGCCCUCUGGAUUUCUCGGUGACUGCCGACGAGUUUGCUUUCGCGAGGAAUGACAGGGAUCCGGGACGCCAGUGUCUGGCCGUGAGGGAGGAGCUCAAUCUUGUCAUCGCGGCGCAGCUCAACAGGACGCAGAGAUUCUUGUUCCCAGCAGCCACCGCAUCGACAUGCAUCCAAGAUUUCCAGGCGUCGCUCCAGCGCCAGGGCGUGGCUCCAGAUAUCACGGUACGGUGUAGCAUCGAUUCUCAGACUCUAGAAUCAGGAUCCACGCGCUGCCCGAAUUUCACCAGCGUCGGGGAUUUCACGAGCGCCACGAGCUCGGCCUCCAUAGCGAAUAUCCAGACGAACUGCCGAGGAAAUAUUGGAGAUGGGCCGUCUUGCAGCGCUUGCACUGCCGCUGUGGUGAGCUCGGUGAGCUUUCGAUCCAAUGGCAGCACUUGCCUGGAUUACGCUCACAUCUACGCUGCCUCCAUCGUGAAUCUUAAUGGCCCGACGGAUCCAGGCACAGUGGCAUGCAUGUUCUUCAACCAGGGAAGCCGAGGUGGGGAGAAAAGAGAGGUCUGGAAGAUCGCUUUGAUCGUGGUGGCUGGAUUUUUAGCGUUAAGUGGCACAGGAGUGCUGGCUUGGCUAUGGUGGAGGAAACGCUGCAAGGAAAAAUCUCGAAGGAAGCUGCUGGAGGAUCGAGACUCCGCUCUCGAGAGAUCGAUGCAUUCCAACGCGAGCUUGAUUCGCUUCGACAUGCACGAGAUGAAGGCGGCGACCAGGAACUUCCACCGGACGACGCUCAUCGGGCAAGGUGGCUAUGGAAACGUUUACAAGGGAGUUCUCCAGGAUGGAACGGUGGUGGCACUCAAGAGAUUCAAGAACUGCUCUCCCGCGGGUGACGAGGGAUUCGUCCACGAGAUGGAGAUGAUCAGCAGCGUCCGGCACAAGAACUUGGCUCCUCUCCUGGGAUGGUGCAUUGGAAGCAGCCGCAGCGAGGGACACCAGCGGAUCAUCGUCUACGAGUUCAUGUCCAACGGCAGCCUCGACGAUCACCUCUUUGGGAAGUUUAAGAAGAACCUCGACUGGCCGACUCGCCAGAAGAUCGCGAUUGGAACGGCCAAAGGAUUGGCAUACUUGCACAACGGUGCGCAGCCAGCGAUCAUCCACAGGGACAUCAAAGGUGGCAACAUUCUCCUGGAUUCGGAAUUCAACGCCAAAGUCGCGGACUUCGGCCUCGCCAAGUUCGCUCCCGAGGGGAUGACACACAUGACGACUGGAGUUGCCGGAACCCAAGGCUACGUCGCUCCGGAGUACGUUCUCUACAAUCAGCUGACCGACAAGAGCGACGUCUACAGCUUUGGGAUCGUGUUCUUGGAGCUGCUCAGCGGGAGAAAGGCGCUGGUUCACACUCCAGCCAGCGACAGGCCGGUGCCCAUCGCGGACUGGGCGUGGUCAGUGAUGAAGGAGACGCGGAUCGUGGAUAUUUUGCAGCAGCCCAUGGACAAGCUGGGAGACGAGGAGGUGGUGGAGAGUUUUAUACUGGUGGCACUCCUGUGCGCUCAUCCCCAGGUAGCUUACAGGCCGAGCAUGGCACAGGUUGUGAAGAUGCUGGAGAACGAUCUCGCGGUGCCGUCCAUGCCCGAGAGGCCGAUCCCACUCAUGGUAAACGCGCAGGAGCUCGCCUCCACGACCGGGACGAGCUACUCGGGCUCGGUUCCAUUCUACUUCAGCAGCUCGGCAGAAGUUCCCAGGUGACCUCCACAGCACAGUUUCUUCUACUUAAAUUUUUAUGCUUUCUUCCAA